CUGAAACCAUAGGAAUGCGACACACUUUGUAUUUACAGUCUAAAGCUACGGCACUUUUCUAUGUGAAUGUUCACAUUCUAUUUUUAUCCACAAAUGUCAACCUGUGUUCCGGUCCGUUUUUUGAUGAAGACGUGUCGACGCUUCCGACGGUUUCACUGAGUUUAAUUUGUUCGCGGAAACAACCUUGUUGCUGCAGGGAGUCUGUUUCCCCUCCGUCCUCAGCUGCGUUUCCGACAUGACAUCAGGUGGAUAGUGUGCUGCUGUACUUGGGACUACAAGUGAGUAGGCUUCUCCCGACGAUACAUAGAGUUUUAUUCACGGAUUUAUUGCCGUUUCAUACUUUAACUACUCGUUUUAUCGGGCGUAAACCAACAUGUUCAACUUCUGGUAGAGCUACUUGGACCGAGCGAAAGUUCAUCUGGGCCACAACAACACAACUCUGUUGGUAACAUCGCACAGCAUGGAUUAACAGUCUGAUGCUAGGCUGCAGCUGCCACAGCCGCCAUCAUGUUCACCAAAAAGAAAAAGUCUCGGAUCCAGAUCUCCUCUCCAUCAAACUUUGAGCAUCGCGUACAUACAGACUAUGACGAGCAGGAGCAAAAGUUUGUUGGUUUGCCACGGCAAUGGCAUUCUCUCAUCGAAGACACUGCCAAAAGGCCAAAACCCUUCAUCGACGCCACGGUCAUCACUACUGUAGAGCCACGCAAGACAAUUGUGCGUGGCAGCAAGCUGGGAGUGGACGGCUCUCUGACAUGGCUGUUGGAUGAGUUUGACACCAUGUCUGUGACACGCUCCAACUCCUUGCGACGAGGCAGCCCCCCAAUCCAUCCUCGCAAGGACUCAGGCUCUUCAGGAGGAGGGGGGCAGGAGAACGGAGAUCCUGACCACAGACACCACCCACACCCGGACAGACAAGACAGAGACCGACCCAGACCAGACCACCAUGCGGGUGGAGGUGACCCCCGCCAGGGUCCACGUGCACUCCGCCCUCCUCAGUGGGAGGAGGGCGGUCAGGGUCGGCCUCAGCAGCAGCCCCGGGGCCAAGAGCCCAGCCGGGCCCACAGGGAUAGACCGGGCUCCGGGCCCCCUCCCCCACCUCACAGAGACAGAGAGCAUCGGGACCGGGACCAGAUGGAUCAACCAAGUGACCAAAGGCCAAAGUCCAGCUACAUGGUGCGGGACGGCAGCCCUCAGUCUCCCAGGGACAAAAGGCCUCUCUCUGGACCUAACAUCCGCACCCCUAACCUGCCAGUAUCAGAGGGGGUGAUGAAGACCACACAACAGAACACACGGCCAUUCAACACCUACCCCAGGACGGACAGUGAGGGCGGACGCAGCCCCACGGGACAGCCUGUGCGACACCAUGAGUCUCCUCAGAACGGCCCCUCCAGCGGCUCCUCUCGAGGUUCCUCCAGCUCCAAGCCCCCUGUAAGCCACCCGCACCCUCAUCACACAUCCCAUCCCAGCCUGACCCCUGAGGCUACCCAGCACCCACACACCCCUCACCCAAGCGUUCCAGCCCCCCGGCCCCCAGCACCCUCUGGGCCCCCGGCCCCAGGUGCUCCGCCCCAGGGCCGCUCGCCGCAGAGGGAGCCCCAGAGGGUUUCUCAUGAGCAGUUCAGAGCAGCGCUACAGAUGGUGGUGGAUCCUGGUGAUCCGAGGACCUACCUGGACCACUACAUCAAGAUAGGGGAGGGGUCCACCGGGAUCGUCUGUAUUGCCACGGUGAAGACCACCGGGAAGCUGGUGGCUGUGAAGAAGAUGGACCUGAGGAAACAACAACGCAGAGAACUCCUCUUCAACGAGGUGGUGAUCAUGCGGGACUAUCACCAUGACAAUGUGGUGGAGAUGUACAACAGCUACCUGGUAGGAGACGAGCUCUGGGUCGUCAUGGAGUUCCUGGAGGGAGGAGCUCUCACUGACAUUGUGACACACACCAGGAUGAACGAGGAGCAGAUUGCCACGGUGUGUCUGUCUGUCCUGAAGGCGCUGUCUGUCCUCCACACACAGGGUGUGAUCCACAGAGACAUCAAGAGUGACUCCAUCCUCCUCACUCAUGAUGGCCGCGUGAAGCUGUCAGACUUUGGCUUCUGUGCCCAGGUGUCAAAAGAGGUGCAGAGAAGGAAGUCUCUGGUUGGAACGCCGUACUGGAUGGCACCAGAACUCAUAUCCAGACUGCCGUAUGGACCAGAGGUGGAUAUCUGGUCUCUGGGUAUCAUGGUGAUAGAGAUGGUGGACGGGGAGCCGCCGUACUUCAAUGAGCCGCCACUCAAAGCCAUGAAAAUGAUCCGAGACAACCUGCCUCCCAAACUGAAGAAUCUGCACAAGGUCUCCCCUCUGCUAAAGGGCUUCCUGGACAAGACGUUAGUGCGGGACCCAGCUCAGAGGUCCUCGGCCAGCGAGCUUCUCAAACACCCCUUCCUGACCAAGGCGGGCCCCCCCUCCUGCAUCGUCCCUCUGAUGAGGCAGAACAGGAUGAGAUGAGACCUGUGACACCAAGAGCUCCACACUCUGGAGGGUAGUGUGUGCAGGUUCAGAUGGAACACAAUACUCCUGCACAAAGGGGGGGGGGGGGGGCACAGAGGUCAGAGGUCACGGCUGAGAGCUGCAGAGAGUAAACUGGGUGUGCAGGAGUAUUCUUUUUUCCUUAUGUGAAUCACUGAACUGUAGAGGUGUACUCUUUCACAAAGAGGCAAUAAGUGUGUGUGUGUGUGUGUGUGUGUGUGUGGUGUGUGUGUGUGUGUGUGUUGUGUGUGUGUGUGUGUGUG